AUGUUCGCCAAAGCUCUCGGUCUCGUUGCUGUUCUCGGCGCUGCUGCCUCUGCCAUGCCUGCUUCGCACUACAGCCGCCAUGGCCACAGCCACAACUUCAUGCACCGUCGUGACAACAUCACCUCCGACGGUGUCGAGAUCACCAACAACAUGGAGCAAACCAUCUACCUCUGGUCUGUCGGUGACUCCUCCAGUGAGAUGCAAACCCUCAACACUGGCGAUACCUACUCCGAGAUCUGGCAAACCCGUGCCGUUGGAGGAUACUCCAUCAAGAUGUCCUUCAGCGAGCAACAGACCGAUGUCCUGCAGUUCGAGUACACCCUUGAGGACCCAACCAUCUGGUGGGACCUCUCCUGCAUCGACAUGGGCUCCAACUCCCAGUUCACCACUGUCGGCUUUGCCGUCAGCUCCAACGACGUUACCUGCCCGUCCGCCACUUGCGCUCCUGGCGACUCUGCUUGCGCCGAUGCUUACCUGGUUCCCUCUGACAACCAGGCCACCCACGCCUGCGCCAGCGCCGACCUGAUGACACUCAACCUCGGCCCUGCCUCCAACUCCACCUCGACUGCUUGA